GUACAAGAAGUGGAAUGCGUUUACAAUCGUUUUACAAUUCUGCAGUGUAUAUAAACAAACUAUUUUAUGCAAAAAAUUGUAUUUUCCGAAAUUGCUGUGUAUAUUUGUGUAUGAAAGAAAAAGCUGAAUAAAAUGUCAUCUUUUCGAAAAAAGAGCACAAGUACUACAGAGACAAGUUCGAGUUCAACGUCAGGCAGUUCAUCAAGUGGCAGCACUAGCUGCUCCAAUUCUGGCAGUAGUUCCUCUGAUACUGAAUCAAGUAGUACAGGCGAUGAGAAAAGUGGCGCUGAUGAAGCCCAAGCAGUUACCAAAAGUCAAGUAACUACCCGCCGUAAAAGUUCUGAAUUCAAAAGUUCCACAACCAAAACGGAAGGAGAAAAAGUUACAGCAAAUCAGCAAACAUCUUCUAAAACUAGGCCAAGUAACAGUAAUGCCACAUCUCAGCGACAAGCUCGGGUUAGCAAUCACUCUAGUGACGAAGAGCUUCCACUCAGCAAGAAAACAACUAGACCAAAUACUACAAGCAAUGUAACGCAGAAACGAAAACUGUCUGCUUCAAGUACAACUACAACUCAAAACCAACCAAGUCAACGUAUAACUGGUGGCAAGGCACCUCAAAACUCUACAAGCAAGCAAACUACACAGACUAAUAAAAGUUCGUCCGUGAAUGCAAGGUCGCAGAAUAGUACCGCCAACAAUGACCUCGAUGGAAAGAAAAAUACAACUGGCGUACACCGCUCAGAUGAUUCGGAACCAGAGGUAUUUCCACUCAGUCGCAAUAAAAGUGAACGCAAAGGACAAGUGAAGCUAUCGGCACAAGCUGGAUCGUCGUCAGUUGGUAAUAAUACCGAAAAUAAUAGACAAAAGCAAGCAAAAUCGAAAGUACUGCCGAAGCGUAAUGUGGUUAGCAAAGUAAAGAAUAAAAGCUCAGAUGAUGAUGAAGAAGAUGAAGAUUCAGAAUCUGAAAGUGGCAAAUCCACGACUUCUAGUGAAUCAGAAGCAACCGAGAGCAGUAAUUCCUAUGACACUCAGCCUGUUAAAUCCGUAAAAGGCAAGCGGGCGCCUACCACAACAAAAAUUGCGAAUUCUGAUUCCGAUGACGAGGCACCGCGUAAACUUACUCGCUCACUUAGUAAUAGGCGUUCCAGACAACAACAAAAACAUAGUAGCGGCUUGGGUGGACCUUCGGAAACCGAAUCAGAUUUAGAUUUAGAUUUGGAGAAACAUUCGUUAACAAAAAGUCCAGCAAAACGUUGCAUUUCCUCUACUGGCGGUAGUAAAAACAAAGUAAAGAAAGAACCCAGUGUAUUUGGUUCGGCAUCUGCAAAACCACGAUCACUAUCGCCACCACAACAGUUGGAGAAAAAGUGUCCAAUUGAGGGCUGUGACUCUUCAGGUCAUCUAAGUGGCAAUUUGGAUAGACAUUUCUUGCCAGAGGCCUGCCCUAUUUAUCACAAUAUGUCAGCUUCUGAGUGUAAGGAACGUGUAAAUGAACGAAAAUUAAGAAAUGAGCGGCGCCUGCGCACUAGUAAUGGUAAUUCAGCAAAUGCUGACAGCGCAACGCAAAAAGUGCGCACAAGUGAGCAAAAUGAUUUUUUGAACAAAAUUCGCGAAUCACGCUCAAGAUUUCGCCCAAUAGCAGCCGCGAUAAAUACCGAUAAGGUAAAACUCGAAAAGGACUGUACUGAUGAGGAUCGUGAGCCGAAUAUAAUAGGUUUAGUACCCGAUUAUGAUUUGCAGUUGUUUCGCGAUGCACAAGCGAUCGCGUCUGAAUCAGUCGAGGAUGAGCUGAAGGAUUUGCCAGUUGGAAAGGGCAUAAAAUAUAUUACUAUGGGCAAAUACAAAAUGAAAGUCUGGUAUCAAUCGCCAUAUCCUGACGAUGCUGCGCGUCUGCCUCAAAUGUAUAUUUGCGAGUUCUGCCUUAGAUAUCAAAAAUCUGAAACGGGGAUUAAGAGGCAUGCUGAAAAGUGUAUCUGGAGACAUCCGCCCGGUGAUGAAAUAUAUAGAAAAGGCAAAUUACAAGUUUGGCAAGUAGAUGGUAAACGCCACAAGCAAUACUGUCAGCAUUUGUGUCUCUUGGCAAAAUUCUUUUUGGACCAUAAAACGCUUUAUUACGACGUGGAGCCGUUUCUAUUUUACAUAAUGACCUUAGCCGAUGUAGAUGGCUGCCAUACAGUUGGAUACUUCAGUAAGGAAAAAAAUUCAUUUUACAACGUUUCAUGCAUAUUAACACUACCACCAUAUCAGCGGAAGGGCUAUGGACGCCUGCUCAUAGAUUUCAGUUACCUUUUGACUCGCGUUGAGGGCAAGAUUGGUUCGCCGGAAAAACCCUUGUCGGACUUGGGCUUGAUAUCAUAUCGAUCGUAUUGGAAAGAUGUGCUCUUGGACUACCUCUGCAAUCGAACCGGAAGUACGCUGAGCAUCAAGGAUGUGUCGCAGGAAACCGCUAUAUAUUCAUACGAUAUUGUGAGCACUUUGCAAGCUUUGGGCAUGAUGAAGUAUUGGAAAGGCAAACAUAUUGUACUUAAGAAACAAGACGUGCUCGAUGAAUACGAAAAGCGUGUUAAACAAAGGGGCAAUUUUCCAAAAAUCGAUGAUAGCUGCUUGCGCUGGAGUCCGUUUGUGCCAACACAAACAAACAACUCCCCAUAAUAGUAGGUUUUAAGUUCACGUGCGGAGACGAUCGUUAUCAUCUACGUGCACUGAUGCUGAAUCAUACAAAUCGCAUAUAGUCUAACUAAGAUUAAAUAUAGUUGGAGACAGUGUACAUAGUUCAAUAGUGUGCUUAUGGGACAGCAGCGCCGUGGAUGAUCAAUAUUUCUCGAACUUAAAAAAAAAAAAAAA